GCUGCAUGGAGGAGGAGAGGCACAGUCGGGGGGAGAGAGUGGAAAGGUAGGGGGCUGGUGCUGCAGCGGAGCUGGUUAGCGGAGUACGUUUAUACAGGCGCCACGCAGACAGAUACCAGGUCAGAACAGCUGAGCGUGGAAGGGGAGGAGAAAGAGAGGGAGGGAGCGAGAGAGAGAGAGAGAGAGAGCAUAUGCACCAGGGACGGAGAAGCGCUUCCAUUGGUACGAGGAGGACACUACUCACAGGUGGUGAGAGAGCAGAACGUGGGGAAAGUUAAAAGCUGUGGGAACUCCCAGCUCCCCUAGACGAGAGAUAGGGGCAGCGUGCCGAGAGGAGCAGCUGGGGAUCGCUGGUGGUGGAGCGGGAGAGGAGCAAAGGAUAAAAGUUACUUAGGAGGGGAGAAUCGAGCCGGAGGCACUGGAUGGGAAUCUUUACUGCCGCUAAAACAUUCAGCUGAGGUUACUGCCUGACGGGGGAGCAUGAGGACUGAUUACCGCGCCGCGAGAGACCUACUGCCAAACGUAGAGCCGUGAGCGAGGGCUGCGAGCGUGCAAGAGCGUGUCGCACGGGGGGCACAUGUGCGUCUCCUCUCCGUAAGAGAGCUCCACGGCGAAACUUUGCUGGAGAGUCGCGAGCAAACUGAGCAGCCGACAGCGAAUAAGGAGGGGGGGGCAGAGGAGGUGACUGGCCCACCUGCGUUCAGAGACAUGGUCUGGGCCACGUCUGGGCCCCAAGCAGCAACGGCCACCCCCCAGCAUGGAGAAAUCAAGUAGCGAGGAGUCUGCCAUCCACCGCAGCCCCUCUGUGGACAGUCGGGACUCGGAUUUCGCCAGAGCAUCCUCCUCAGGCCGGCCGUUCGGGGGCCGCGGCUUCACUGCCGGCGCCUUCUACGGCUCCACGAACCGGCGGGACGCUGCCACCCCCCCCACGGCCACCGCCGCCGCCAGCACCGCGGCCCCCGGAGACAAGGCCGACGAGAAGCAGGCAGCGGCCAAGGGGAGCAAAUACGUGGUAUUUUACCUGGACCUUUCCUUUGUGUUUCUUCUAGAAUUCAAGAAGUUGGACAUGGCUCGAGGCUGCCUCUGCUGCUUAAAAUACAUGAUGUUCCUCUUCAACCUCAUCUUCUGGCUCUGCGGCUGCGGCCUGCUCGGCGUGGGUAUCUGGCUCUCCGUAUCGCAGGGCAGCUUCGCCACCUUCUCGCCCUCCUUUCCCUCGCUCUCCGCCGCCAACCUGGUCAUCGCCAUCGGCGCCAUCGUCAUGGUGACGGGCUUCCUCGGCUGCCUGGGUGCCAUCAAGGAAAACAAGUGCCUCCUCUUGAGCUUCUUCAUUGUGCUGUUGAUCAUCCUUCUGGUGGAGCUGAUCUUACUCAUUCUCUUCUUUGUCUACACAGAGCAGGUCAGCGACAGUGCCAAGAAGGACUUGAAGGACGGACUGGCACUGUACAACACGGAGAAUAACGUCGGCCUGAGGAACGCAUGGAACAUCAUUCAGGCAGAGUGGAAGUGCUGUGGCGUGACGGGGUAUGCUGACUGGCAUGAAGCCUUGCAGGAGAAAGUGGUGCCGGACCGAUGCUGCCAGGAACACUACCAGGAAUGUGGCCGUAAUGCCACUAACCAGUUCUGGACUCAGGGCUGUUAUGAGCUGGUGAAGGGCUGGCUGGACGACAACAGGCACCUCCUGGGCACCAUUGGCAUGUGUAUCCUGGUGGUGCAGCUCCUCGGCAUGGCUUUCUCCAUGACACUGUUCCACCAGAUCCACCAGACCGGGAAGAAGUAUGACGCCUAGCUGGGUGUGGACAUGGGCAGGGCAAGUGAGGGCAAGUGAGCCUCUGCCACAUGAGACAGACUGCGGGGGACACCUUAUAGCCCUCCCCCACACACACAACCCCCACCCACCCCCCUGAAUGCCCUUUGCUCACAGAAGAUUUCACAGGUUCCGUACGCAACAACGCCGUCACCUUUUAAUUUGCCAAAGAUAAGUUUCACUGCAGUGACUGAAGGAAAUAGACUUUCAGUGAGAGACACAGGUCUCGUGACCUCUGUUUGGACCCCACAAGCUACUUGCUGAGAGGAAAGUGACAAUGAAGAGCAUAUUGAUUCAGUGACGGGUCCCCAGACCCCCAGAAGGUACGAUGAAGCUGUCAAGAAAAAGGGGACAGUAAUAUACCAAGACAACCCUACUGGAAUGGAUCUCAGUGCUGAUUACAGGUGACACCAUCUUCCACUGCAAAAAUGGCUUGUGGCUCCUCCUCCACAUCUGUGGCUCCUCCUGCACACCUAUGGCUCCUCCUCCACACCUGUGGCUCCUCCUCCACAUCUGUGGCUCCUCCUCCACUCCUAUGGCUCCAACUCCACGUCAUGGUCUAAAAUCCCCAUAACCUUAUAUCUAUCACAACACUAAAAACAAAUGCCGUAUAAAAAAAGAGAGGACAUCCUUUGAGCAAAUCCCAUACCUGGUUUGUCUCCUGCGGUACGAGAGCUGUCAGCCUAAGGCACAUUAACCAGAAUAAUCUGUAGACCCCAAGCACCUCUACCUUUUAAUCCAGUGAUUUAUGACCACGCGCACAGGGGAUACAUGUAUAGCUCUCGCCGGAUCAAUGAGACCCACAGACCAGCACAGCAUUCCUGGCGAGACGUGGCCUCGGAGCAGGACCCAGCAACCCUCCCCCCCAGUGUCACCUGCACGACUGAUUGCUUUGUUCAAAAAUCCGUCUGCUUCCUUUUGUCUGCUCAGCUAUUUUUGCCCCCUCCCCCCAAUUCUUAUUUUAUUUCAGGCCUGCAUCUUUUCUUAUUCUCUGCUGCAAUGAGUUAGAGUCCCAGACAUUCCAGCAAGACGAGCUGAAUAGGGAAUUUAUAAAUAAAUACACGAACCAAAUGCCCAUGCAGUCUCUUAGGAAGCUGCUUAAUAGCCGAGCCCCAUCUGAAUCUUAGCAAUUUACACUGGGUGAAAGAGUGGAUAGUGCUGAUACAAUGUGUCGGACUUCAGCGUGAUAGUCACUAUGUGGAGUGUGUGUGCAGGGCAUGUAUAAGUGCAUAUGUAGAGUAAACGGGUGUGAUUCAGCUGUGUGCACAUCUGCUUUCAUCAGAAUAUGAGGUAAUCGUCUGUUUGUGGCUCAACUGAUAGCGAUCGUGUGCAGAAUAAAUGCCAGGCGGAGUGGGAUGUGAACAUGGUUGUGUUUGUGCGGGUGUCUUCACACUAUAAGGAGCCUAAGACAAAGUGCUGAUUAGGAGAAAAGCAUGCUGGGAGAGGAGGGAAGCUGAUCAUAACAGAAGGCGUUGAAUGUGCCGUGUGGAAGCUUACUCAGUUGCCACUUCCCGGGGCACGGCUCAUGCCGAACAAGGCAAGGCAGUUGACGUGUAGCUGGAAACAACUUAACUUUCAUAAACAAGAAAGGUCCUUUCAGGUAGGAGGUGGGGGGUAUUAUUUCCUGCACCUAGUUAAUAAAGGAAACGGGGACCAUAGAUGGCUUAGGUCUUAAUUUUAUCUUAGAGGUGCAGCCAAGGUCAAUUUGACGGACUGGGCUCAGCAUUUGUGCAGGAGCUGUUGGGUCCCCAGCUGUCCUGGGGUGUUCGGCUAGUGGGAUGGGGGGAGCCCUGCUAGCUCUCCUCUGCAGAGUUUCUCAGUAGUUUUUAUUAUUAUGUUUAUCUAUACUUAUGCCCGGUGCUGGUGAAGCCAUUAGGCGACAUGGACGGCUGCCUUCUGUGGGGGUGCCAACUUAGCAAGCCAACUGCAUUUGUCUCAGACGGGCAGCGCUGACAGUGACACUUACCUGCUCAUGCCUGAUAGCUUCUGAAAAAUGCCGGUCUCAUUCUUUGUUAAAAGGGGCAUUUAUUCUUGCCAGUCUGAAGACCAUAGAUUGUGGCAUGGCGGGGGUCUCAUGCCAACCCCGUAGCCUGCUCAUGCUCCACACCGCCAGGCUGACGUUUCCCUCGCAUCGCCCGUUUCCCGGCGCUGAAUUCGGAACACAAGCUGGCGCCCUGAAUCCGAGUGUUUAAUUUGCAUGGCUCAUGCAGCCGUUCAUGCUACCCCGCUGCUCUAAGAGCUCAUUUCACGUCUAUUAUCAGCGUUCCAACCACUGUGUUAAACUCCCUUAUGUCCGCUGUACCAGGACUGAAAUCUGAACGCUUGUCACUUUAAUGAACUGUUUUGUAUGGUAGUCCCUUUUUAAAAUAAACAAAAAAAACAAAAACAAAAAAUAUAUAGUUAUAAUGCAGAUUGUACUGUGCAUUACUUUUACAAAAAGUCAGAAAAAUCACUCAUGGUUUGAUAGUCAUUUCAACAACCAUUGUCUUAAAACACUGAUGAUUAUAAUUGACAGGCAUUUUUGAAAUGAUGUUUUUUUUCCCCGUUUAAGCAGUUUGGGUUAUUACCACAGAGAGUGCCUGUUGCUCUAUACGGCCCUGACAAAGCCUAACCCUGUCUUGUUAUUGCGUCCAUGUUUGAAACACCUGUAAAUGUUAUGUCACACAGCUGGGUUCUUGUUUAAGAGGUUAAAAUGCCCUCCAGUGCUGUUUAAUCAUUUAAGCUAAACUUACUCCCCAGCAUCGUUAAUAUGCUACGGUACAGGGCAGAUCCAUUCUCUUCAUGGUUAUUGCUAUAUUCAAGUAGCACUGUUGAAACCAAUACUGCAGUCUGUUUCUGACUAAUUGAUAUGUCAGGAAAAAUGUAUCCAAAUGACAGUUGUUGUGACAAUGUUUAUACGCAUACAUUAUGUGAAAUUUCCUUUUUACUCAUUAAUUCAGAGUUGUUACAUUUUGUAAAUAUUGAUCGUCUUGUCUAUAUUGUAUACAUAUUUUAAACUCUGCUUUGAGUGGAAAAUUUUUACUAAUGGCUUUUAAAGAGGUCAAGUAUUUUCUUAAGUCACUUCUCACUGCCAGUACUCCAGCAUAUUUUUUUUUUGUAGUUUGUAUGGUCGCUUUUUCGGUUUGCCCUUCUAUAUAGUUUAGUUUUUUUUUCUCCUUUACAUUGCCAUUGUUGGUGAAUAUUUACAUAUAUUUAUAUAGUGAAUAUAUAUGUUUCAUUAGCAUCACCUGCAGCUUGUGACUGGAUUUCUGAAGGACUGCCUGUGUGAUUCACUCUGGUGCCAGAUGGAACACAGGUACCAAGGACCGAGGACUCCUGUCAAACCAAACAGACUUAAAAACGCCUGAGAAAUGAUGCAGAAACUCCAUAGUCCAACAUGGAGGAGGGUGUAUGUGGAACUUCUCUGGGGAGUUGUACUCUUCUGUAUUUGCUUUGGUAGCUGGAAUGCUGGAUGUGAAGAGCAGCUCUCUGCCAAGCUCCAGGUCCCAUCCCAGACCAUUUUGUUGGUGAUUAGUCUUGUGCCAUUCCUUCCAGCUUAGACUCCACCGCUCCUUCUAUGCAAAAAGAAAAAAUCCUUCUCUAGCCUUUGUACAGAUUAUUUUGUAUUAGUAAUACGUAAAGAAAUAAAGUGCGUAGAACCAA